GCAUGCGCGGCCCAUGUGACCUUGUGUUGACUGGACUGCAGCACUGUCUCUCUGUAUCAUAAUGUUUGACAUUACUUUAUUCAUGUCUAUUUUAUAACUGUAAACCGGCCGCAAUGAGCAAAUACAUCCUACCGUUGUCUGCUUUCGGAACGGCUGUGGGGUUUGCUGUUCUCUUGAAGGACUAUGUGACCCGGGGCCCGUGCCCCAGCAAGGCAACCAUCCCGGGGAAGACGGUGGUAAUCACAGGCGCCAACACGGGCAUCGGGAAGGCCACCGCCCAGGAGCUCGCCAAGAGAGGGGGUCGGAUCAUUCUGGGAUGUCGGGACCUGGUGAAGUGUGAGGCGGCGGCGCGGGAGAUCCGGGGGAAGACCCUGAACCCCCACGUCUACGCCCGGGAACUGGACCUGGCCUCCGUCCGCUCCAUACGCCGCUUCGCCCAGGCCAUCAACCAAGAGGAGCGGCGGGUCGACAUCCUGAUCAACAACGCGGGGGUGAUGCGCUGUCCGGCGGGGAAGACGGAGGACGGCUUCGACAUGCAGUUCGGGGUUAACCAUCUCGGCCACUUCCUGUUGACCCACCUCCUGCUGGAGAAGCUGCAGGACUGCGCCCCCAGCCGGGUGAUCAACGUGUCAUCGCUGGCCCACGUCGUGGGGCAGAUGGACUUUGAGGACCUCAACUGGGACAGGAAGAAGUUUGAUACCAAGCGGGCGUACUGCCAGAGCAAGCUGGCCAACGUCCUGUUCACCAGGGAGCUCGCCGCGCGGCUCCGGGGUACUGGGGUGACGGUGAACUGUGUGCACCCUGGGGUGGCGUCCACUGAGCUGGGGAGACACACGGGCCUCCACCAAUCGCCCUUCUCCACCACGGUGCUCAGUCCGUUCUUCUCGCUGCUGGUGAAGGGCCCGGCGCUGGGGGCCCAGCCCAGCGUGUACCUGUCCGUGGCCCCCGAGCUGGAGGCUGUGACGGGCCGCUACUACGACGUGCUGACGGAGACGGAGCCCGCCCCGCAGGCGCUAGACCCGGACGCCGCCCGCCGCCUCUGGGACGCCAGCAGCAGCCUGCUGGGUCUGGAGGCCGGCCCCCCGGGACAGACCGCCCCGGGACCCGCCCCCGGUCCUACAGAGACCGGGGGGGCGGGGGUCGUAGUGGACUGACUGAGGCGCGGCGCUCUCUGGCUGCCACGGGACCCGGAGAUGGAUCGCUAUGGAAACGACCUUAGAGACUUAAACUAUGAACUCUGAAAAGGGUUUUAUUAGAGGGACUCCCCGUGAGAUGCAGGUCAUUAAGGAGCACUUGGGGGGGGGGGGGGGGGGGAGGGGGGGGGGUCAGUGGUCAUGUGCAGACGCCGGGAUCGGAUCCGUUACCCUUGUGUGGACGGGUUGGACAGGGGAUGGGAACAUCCGCCGUCUCUCCUCAGAACCUGGUGCUGUAGUGACAUCUGGUGGCUCAAAGCUGUACUACAUCAUCUCUCCUCAGAACCUGGGCUGGUCUGCGCCAACUGGGCGUAAGCCUGGUCUUAACUACACCUGGUCGUAACUUGGCGUUCUAAGUCCGACCUAACCGUUACGCCGGUUGCACCAACUGGGCUUAGCGUUCUUUUCACUAAGACCAGGGGUAAAUCCUACGCCUGGUCAGGGGCAGGCGUAGAGUCCCGAUUCCCGGCUGUUUCUAUAGCAGUUACAUCCGAUCCAUCCAGCGCAAUCAUGGCACGUGUAAUACAUGUACAACGAGCGGGCAUUUAGACGGGAAAGAGUAAUUAGGGACAGAAGCAAUCCAUUGGACAUUUCAUUGCGCUUCGCUUCUAUGCAAACGGGGCAUCUCAAAACACAGCCGGCGAUAUGAUCGGUGUUCACAGAUCGACCGCCUGUCGGGUUAUCCGGAGGGUUUCACUGCCUUCGUGGGGAGAUGCGGAUGCACCCAGAUCGGGUCUGCACACUAAUAGCUGCGUGCACUGUUCUGCACAACAUCUGCAUCUCCAAAAGAAUCCCUCUCCCCAGACCCCAUCAGCCACCGGCAGUCCCCAAGGAAGACGUGCGUCCAGCCAGAGCAAUUGAAGAUUUCGCAGGCCGAUUAGUCCGUGCUGAACUUAUUAAUCAGUUUUGAAUAUUGUUUUAGUUAUGUAUAUAUGUUUUAUAUAGGCCCACACAUUAAACAGAUCUCUCCUACAGUCUCAAAACACCUCAAUUAGCUCCUUGAUGUUCAAUGCAUUGCUUCUGUCAAAAACAACCAUUCCCGGCAAAAUGCCUGCUUGUAAACCAGACAACACAAAUACCUAUUUUAAUUACAUUUGUUUGCAGUGUUUUAUUGUUAUGCAUUAACACAAUUGAUGAAUGACAUUGAAUGAAAGAAUGAAAUAUUUAUUCCGGUGUCCAACAGCAUGUCAAGCAAAAUUGUAAAUAGCUGUCGGCGCGAGGUAUCCUAGCAACGCGGUGAUAUGCGUAUUUCAUGGAACAUUCACAUGGCCGCGCAUGGCUAGACCCGGAGCAGUUACGACCAGGCCCCUGGUGCUGUAGCGACAUCUGGUGGCUCAAAGCUGUACUACAUCAUCUCUCCUAAGAACCUGGGGCAGUACUGACACUUGGUGGCUGAAAGCUUUACUUCAUGGAAAUGGAGAAGCCUAACUUAAAAAAGAAACAGCUAAAUGUCUUGAAAAAAAAACGUGACUAGAUAACCAUAAUAUAUGAAUGUAGCCUACAAAUAUGAAAUCUGCCAUAUUGUUCGUGUUUCACUUCGGGAAGUCUUCCAUCUCUUUUUUGAAAAUGAUGAAAAAAGUUUUCAUAGUUUAUUAAAACAAUCAUGGGCACAUUCUAA